AGCUGAAGCCGCCAAGGAAACGGAGAGCGCCUCUUGUCCACACAACCCAGCCCGUCCGGCUGGUCCUCCGGGCCCCCCACACCCACCGCGUGCCGGACCGGGGCGUGGCGUGACGCACGUCGCGCGAUCUAUAUGCGCCAACCACGAGGCUCCCCGCCGGUUGUUUGCUACUACUUCGCUCCCGUCCCGUUACCCGCAGCAGCCGGAGUACGUGAGGCCUGAGCCUGAGCCUGAGGUGAGGAGUGAGCGCGCGCGGGCGGGCCGGCGGCAUGAGGAUCCAGUGCGACGCGUGCGAGGGCGCGGCGGCCACGGUGGUGUGCUGCGCGGACGAGGCGGCGCUGUGCGCGCGCUGCGACGUCGAGAUCCACGCCGCCAACAAGCUUGCCAGCAAGCACCAGCGGCUCCCGCUCGACGGCGCGCUCCCCGCCGCCCUCCCGCGCUGCGACGUCUGCCAGGAGAAGGCAGCGUUCAUCUUCUGCGUCGAGGACAGGGCGCUCUUCUGCCGCGACUGCGACGAGUCCAUCCACGUCCCGGGGACGCUCUCCGGCAACCACCAGCGCUACCUCGCCACCGGCAUCCGCGUCGGAUUCAGCUCCGUCUGCAGCACCCACGCCGACCAACUCCCGCCCAAUGGCAGCUCCAAGCCCGCGACCGUCGGCGCCGGCGCUGGCGGGGCUACCAAGACACCGGUCCCGGCUGCGCAGGAGGUGCCAUCGUCGCCGUUCUUGCCGCCGUCGGGAUGGGCCGUUGAGGACCUCCUGCAGCUGUCGGACUACGAAUCCAGCGACAAGAAGGAGUCGCCUCUUGGGUUCAAAGAGCUGGAGUGGUUCGCGGACAUUGACCUGUUCCAUGGCCAUGCGCCGGCCAAAACCACGGCGGCGGAGGUCCCUGAGCUCUUCGCCUCGCCGCAGCCAGCGAGCAACGCAGCGUUCUAUAAGAUGACCAGUGCGCGCCAGAGCAAGAAGCCACGGCUGGAGGUGCCCGACGACGAGGACUACUUCAUCGUCCCUGAUCUUGGCUGAGAUCUUGCAUGGUUCUCUAUGAUGUAAUUAUAUAAGGCAGUUUGGGGCUAAUACUCUGAGCCUGAGAUUGAGAUAGGUUUGAUGUAUGCGAUGAACUUACUUGGUGCAUAUGACAUGUUCACAAAUCAUUCUAUCAAAUCCUUACCCCAGUACUCGCCAAAAAAAAAAAAAAACCUUACCAGUGA